AUGUUUCUGGAAAUGCUGAACCCUAUGCACUACAAUGUCACCAACAUGGUCCCGGGAGCUGUGCCUGUCAGUGCCAUGCCACUCCUGCUGAUCAUGGGCCUCCUUGUCUUGAUUUGGAAUUGUGAGAGCACAUCUUCAAUACCAGGUCCUGGCUACUGUCUGGGAAUUGGGCCCCUCAUUUCCCAUGGCAGGUUCUUGUGGAUGGGGAUUGGAAGUGCCUGCAACUACUAUAAUAAGAUGUACGGGGAGUUCAUGAGAGUCUGGAUCAGCGGAGAAGAAACACUCAUUAUCAGCAAGUCCUCAAGUAUGUUCCAUGUAAUGAAACACAGUAACUAUAUCUCCAGAUUUGGCAGCAAACGUGGACUGCAGUGCGUUGGAAUGCAUGAGAAUGGCAUCAUAUUUAACAAUAACCCAGACCUUUGGAAAACAAUUCGCCCUUUCUUUAUGAAAGCUCUGACAGGCCCCGGCCUUGUUCGGAUGGUAAAAGUUUGUGAGGAGUCCAUCAAGCAGCAUUUGGACAGGCUGGAUGAAGUUACUGACAACUCAGGCUACGUGGACGUGUUGACACUCAUGAGGCACAUCAUGCUGGACGCCUCUAACAUGCUCUUCUUGGGGAUCCCCCUGGAUGAAAGUUCCAUUGUGAAAAAAAUCCAGGGUUAUUUUAAUGCAUGGCAAGCUCUCCUCAUCAAACCAAACAUCUUCUUUAAGAUUUCUUGGCUGUACAGAAAAUAUGAAAGAUCUGCCAAGGACUUGAAAGAUGAGAUAGCUGCUUUGGUAGAAGAAAAAAGACACAAGAUUUCCACAGCAGAGAAACUGGAAGACUGUAUGGAUUUUGCAACUGAUUUGAUUUUUGCUGAGAGGCGUGGAGACCUGACAAAAGAGAACGUGAACCAGUGUAUAUUGGAAAUGCUGAUCGCAGCACCUGACACCAUGUCUGUCACUCUGUACUUCAUGUUACUUCUCAUUGCAGAGUACCCUGAGGUUGAAAAGGCAAUAGUGAAGGAAAUCCACACUGUUGUUGGUGACAGAGACAUACAGAUUGACGAUAUCCAAAAUUUAAAAGUGGUAGAAAACUUCAUCAAUGAAAGCAUGCGGUACCAGCCUGUUGUGGACUUGGUUAUGCGUAGAGCCCUGGAUGAUGAUGUGAUUGAUGGCUACCCAGUCAAAAAGGGAACGAACAUCAUUCUGAAUAUUGGAAGAAUGCACAGACUGGAGUAUUUCCCCAAGCCUAAUGAAUUUACCCUGGAAAACUUUGAGAAGAACGUUCCCUACAGGUAUUUUCAGCCAUUUGGCUUCGGGCCCCGCAGCUGUGCUGGGAAGUACAUCGCCAUGGUGAUGAUGAAAGUCAUUCUGGUUACACUUUUGAAGCGAUUCCAUGUGAAGACAUUGCAAAAAAGAUGUAUUGAAAACAUACCGAAAAAAAAUGACUUGUCCUUGCACCCAAACGAGGACAGACACCUUGUGGAAAUAAUUUUCACACCGAGGAAUUCAGACAAGUACCUCAAGCAGUAA